GCAGCUUCACAAUUCAACAGCAGUAAACAUUGUCACACAACUCACAAAUUGUUGACGUCACGAAGACAUCCGUCCAUCCGUCCAUCCAUAACAUCCGAAAAUGCUGCAACGACUAUAUAAUGGCGGCUACUCCCCCUUGCAUUUUCAUCAAACUCUACACAGAUUAACAUGGCAUCCACCGCAACUGCAAGCCCUUUGGUAUCUCACCUCAACCUCUUAUCACUCUAUCAUGUCCUUUGGCAGCAGCAGGAUUACUCUGUCGUGAGGCGGUUGAAAUGUAACGUUCCAGAUCUAGAGGAGUAUGAACAGAUGCAUCCAUUCAACUGCAACACCAUUGAUCUAUCUCGAUGCCCUGGUGCGAAGCUACCAAAUGGGGCGACCUCGAUGAUCAUCCGCUCGGCGUACGAAACAUUCUUCCACAAGAUCUCCAUGAACGAGCGCAAUAUUGUCAUUCAUGGGUCUGCUGGUAUCGGGAAGACAUAUUUCCUGUUAUACGCCCUCGUCAGGCGACUUCUUGCGCGCCAGCCGGUCACCUACCAGCUCGAUCAAGCAGACUCGAGGGUCUUGUGUUUCACUGCCGAUGGCUUCUUCGUUCUCCCAGAGGAGAACAGCGAAUUCCACUCGUUGUUCCAACGUGAAGAUGUGCUACACCUAAUCGACAGCACUCAAGAAGACACUAUUACACAUCGAAACAUCGAGCACACUCGUGCUGUGAUGCGAGGCACGUGCGGCAAGGCUAUCUUCACCACGUUCUGGCCAGACAAUCUGGACCUUGAUAACGAAUGGUUGCCUGAGUAUGACGCUGUACUUCGAAAAUGGAUAAAACCGUGCUCCUUUGAUGAGAUCUAUGCAAUGAGGUAAAUGAACCCAUCACACAUUAGCUCUCGCUGACCAUUGCCGUUAGUGCUCUGACCCCAGGCCAGCAUGAAGCCAAGCCCUUACGAUGGUCGUUCAUCCAUUUCGGGUCCAACGCACAUGCCUGCUUGCAAGCAUCGCAACAUGCCAGCGAUGCUGAUCAUUACCUCAAGGAGCU